GACAACGUCACCAUCAGCAUCGAUGGCGUUCUGUUCCUGCGGGUGGUGGACCCCUACCAGGCAUCCUACGGCGUGCACAACCCCAUCUUCGCGGUCACGCAGCUGGCCCAGACGACGAUGAGGUCCGAGAUCGGCAAGAUGACGCUGGACAAGACCUUCGAGGAGCGUGACCACAUGAACUCCUCGAUCGUGGCCAUCGUCAACGAGGCUGCGAAG